GGCGCCACCGUUAGCACUCCGGAUUAAUAAAGCUCGACAACAUAACGAAGGAAUGCGGAACGGCUCCAAUUCCAAUACGGCUAUAUCCAAUCCUAGUGAUGUGGCCUCUCCGCAAGCGUCGCCAACGGAGACAGUAUUUUCUAAAGCGGAUCUGAACGCGCAGAUAUCAGAUAUCCUCAGCAGUGUAUCUGGUAAUAUUAAACUACAACCCGUCCCUACCUCCGACAGAAUAUCCACAACACCUACCACUCCAAUCGGACCUAAAUCCAACGCCAAAGUUUCUACAAUCAAUAUCGCUAAGCGACCUCCAGGACCACGCACCAGUGGUUCGAGGUCGGCUUCCACCCCGCUCAAACCCCCAAUUACCCCAUCACAUUUACGAUCUGGUAGAGCUUCCCCGUCGUUAAUGCCAGAAUCAGGUCGAAACUCCCCAGCACCAGAUUCCGAGCCAUCUUCAAAGCUCCGACCGGUCGGCGCUCCCAGCGAUUCGCAUCGCCGACCUGCUUUCCGCUCCGUAUCCGCCGCUCCAUCCACGCUAGUUCAAGUCCCCAACGCUUCCGGUUCCUCGGACUCCGACAUUCGCCUCUAUCACCUCCAUCGGCCGGGAACCUCCGCUCCUCCGCUCAAGCUCCACAUCCGUCGUAUCGGCGAUCGGGUGAUGGUCCGCGUCGGCGGCGGCUGGGCGGACCUCGGGGCGUAUCUUCAGAACUACAUCGAACACCAUGGUCGGCGGACGAGAGUCGACAAUGCGGAGGGGUCAGUCGGUGGCGGGGUGGGGUUCGAGGUGUUGACUUCCAGCCCGAAAUCCCGAGAGCCGAGUAUGGCUGGCACGCCACUUAGCAAGGAGCUCGGUACCUCCACGGAGGUCUUCCCGGGGGGUGGAACGGAUGAUCAUGGGUCACGUGAGACGACCCCGUCCGUCGGACCGCAGUCCGCCAACUCUAGAAGGAGCGCCAGCACUCCGUUCACAUCUGCACAAGAAGUGGGGUUGGCGGGUCCGGCUGUGAAGAAGCUGGAAUUGAGCGGGGAGAAGAAGGAAUGGGUGGAGGGGAUGGUGGAGCGGGCGAAGAUGGCGAGUUUGGGUGGCGAGUUUGGAAGUUUAGGGAAUGUGGGCGGGGUCAAGCGACUGUUUAGGAAAGGGUUGGAGUGAGAUGCUGUGGGCUUUUGUGGCAUGGAGAUAUCGGACGUCCGGUCUGGUCUGUACUUUGAUGGGAGAACACAUCAAAUCAUAUUUGCAGCGGGGCGUUAUGCGACGCAAUGCAUGGGUCGGGUCUGUUGGGCUUACGUGCAGGAGACAUAUACCGAUUAGUGCCCAUGGUGAAUUCCGGGA